GCACCUCGAGAGUGCCCGCUGGCGCAGCGCCUCUACACACGAAGAAACCACGCCCGGGCUGCAGCGCUGACCAAUCGCAAGCAUGGCCUGCCGGCCCGCCAAUGAGUUCGAGGCCCGCGAUCUCCCUUCCGGGGGCUGCUUCGCAAAGCAGAGUUGCCGCUGCGCCGUCUCGGCGCUUGCGAGGCCCGGGCAUGUCUGGCGUCUUCCAAUCCCGAAGCGCUCAGGACGCCUCCAGGCGCGGAGGAGAGGCGCGGAUCGGGGAGGAGCAGCUGCAGCGAUGGGGGCUGAAAGGCAUUUGUUUGCGUUCCUAUCAGCUGGAAGGCGUCAACUGGCUGUUGCGCUGCUACGGGGCUCAGCACGGCUGCAUCCUGGGGGACGAAAUGGGCCUUGGAAAGACAUGCCAGACUAUUUCUCUGCUUGUCGUGAUAAGCGGGAAGCUUAAAAAGAGGCCUUUUUUGAUCCUUUGCCCUCUUUCUGUGCUAAACAACUGGAAGGAAGAAUUGGAAAAAUUUUCUCCUGGCCUUUCCUUUGUGGCAUACGCAGGGGAUAAGGAAGAACGGGCAAAGCUCCAGGAGGACUUGAGGUCCUGUCACAGUUUCCACAUUCUGCUGACUACUUAUGAGCUGUGCCUCAGAGAUGCAGCAUUUCUAAAAGGUUUUAACUGGGCGUGCCUUGUGGUGGAUGAGGCCCACCGGCUGAAGAAUCAGGAGUCGUUGCUUCAUAAAAUGCUUUCUAAGUUUUCAGUGGAUUUCCGCCUCCUGCUGACAGGGACUCCAAUUCAGAACAACCUUCAAGAGUUAUAUGCCCUGCUUACUUUUAUUGAACCAGACACAUUUCCUGAAGCACAAGCAGAAGAAUUUGUUCGCUGUUAUCAUAGAAUUGAAAAGGAAAGCAAAACAGCCACAGAACUCCGCAGCCUUUUGCAGCCAUUCUUGCUCCGGAGGGUGAAGGCGGAGGUGGCUGCUGAACUCCCGAAGAAGGUGGAGGUUGUGUUGUACCAUGGCAUGUCGACUCUCCAGAGGAAGAUUUAUAAGGCAAUUUUGAUGAAAGACUUGGAUGCAUUUGAAAAUGACACCGGGAAGAAAGUGAAGUUCCAGAAUAUCUUGAUUCAGCUCCGGAAGUGCGUCGCCCACCCUUAUUUAUUCGAUGGGGUUGAACCAGAGCCCUUCGUUGUUGGGAAUCAUCUCGUUGACGUCAGUGGAAAACUGAGCUUAUUGGACAAGCUUCUCUCCUUCCUGCAUACGGGUGGCCAUCGCGUGCUACUGUUUUCCCAGAUGACUCAAAUGCUGGAUAUUCUACAGGACUAUAUGGACUAUAGAGGGUACAGCUACGAGCGCCUGGAUGGGUCUGUCCGUGGAGAAGAGAGGCAUCUUGCCAUUAAGAACUUUGGAACACAACCCAUUUUUGUCUUCCUUCUGAGCACCCGGGCAGGUGGAGUUGGCAUGAAUCUAACUGCAGCAGACACUGUUGUUUUUGUGGACAGCGACUUUAACCCACAGAAUGACUUGCAGGCAUCAGCAAGAGCCCACAGGAUUGGCCAGAACAAGCCUGUAAAAAUAAUCCGUUUGAUCGGAAGAGACACGGUAGAAGAAAUAAUCUUCCGGCGGGCUACAUCAAAGCUGCAGCUCACCAGUGCCGUCAUCGAAGGGGGCCAGUUUGCACUUGGAGCCCAGAAGUCCCAGGGGGCAGCCGAGGAUCAGCUGAGUGAAAUCCUGAAAUUUGGUUUGGACCAGCUGUUGUCCUUGGACGGAAGCCCUGUCUGUGAUGUGGACCUGGAGCAUGUCCUUGGGGAAACGAGAGAAGGAGAGUGGGUAAUGGAUCCGGUGCUGCUGCCGACAGAGGACAACGAAGACCAACAUGCAGAAAGCCACAUGUACCUGUAUGAAGGCAAAGACUACUCCAAGGACCCCAGCCGAGAAGAUCAGAAGGCCUUUCAACACUUGCUAGAGCUGCAGAAAGUUCUCCCUGAAGAGACCAGUCGAGAAGGAAGAGCUCUCAGAAACAAAGCAAAUGUUCUUGUCACGAGCGUUCCAGCAGGGACCUGUAAGAAAAGGCGUAAAUUGAGUCCAGAAGAGCUCGAAACUCGGCGUAGAAAACUGCAGGAGGCGGCAGCGAAGAAGGCCCGGCUGAAGGAAGAGAAGAGACAAAAGAAGGCAGAAGCUGAACACCAGAAGAAAGUGGCUUGGUGGGAAGCAAAUCAAUACAGAUCUUGCUGUCUUGCAUCAGAAGAGAGCAGCGAGGAGGAAGACGAUGGAGGGAGGCUGGAUGUGGACUUGGACUACGAAGACCCAGACCUGAGCGCCAUUCAGUACGUCAUGGGUGAUGUCACCCACCCCAGAGCCGGAGAAGAGGACGCCAUCAUUGUGCACUGUGUGGAUGACUCCGGCCGUUGGGGAAGAGGAGGCUUAUUUACGGCUCUGGCAAAUCGUUCCGACCAGCCGAGGAAAGUGUAUGAGCUUGCUGGAAAGAUGGAUGACUUGACAUUGGGAGGAACUCUUUUAUUCCCUAUUGAUGACAAAGAAUCAAGAAACAAAGGCCAAGAUUUGUUGGCUCUUGUCGUAGCCCAGCACCGCGACUGUUCUAACAAUUUAUCUGGAAUUAAGCUCCCUGCUUUGGAAACGGGAUUAAAGAAACUGUAUCGGGAAGCCAAGAAAAGAGCUGCAAGUGUCCACCUUCCUCGUAUUGGAUAUGCCACCAAAGGCUUCAACUGGUAUGGGACGGAGCGUCUCAUUCGAAAAUACUUGGCAAGAAGAAGAAUCCCCACCUUCAUCUACUACUUCCCUCGGAAUAAAGCUUCAGCGUCUUCGCAAGCCGUUGCAUCGUCCACACCAAAUUCACAGCCCUGAGGAGGAUCCCAGCAGCUCUGCGGAAACAGCCACUCUGAGUGCACAUGGGCCCUUCCUGCUUGGUCUGAAUAACAGCCUCUUUUCUUGCGGCUUUUGUGAAUUGUUAAAAUGAAAUCAAGGCCUGGUCUAUAUGUUUCCAGCGUGGAGCUUUCCUAUUGGAGUCAUCAGGACUUCAGCCCAAGUUCCCUUGUUAGAACAGAAGCUGCAGUUUUGUACAACUGCCGCUUGAUGCUGUUCUCCUCUUGUGAAGCAAAACAGGAAAAGCUCAGCAAGAUAAAAGCUGGUCAUGUGACCUUCCCUCUUUUUCCCUUGAGUCUGCAGACCAGCUAACUUUUUAUUCCUUGUUUAAACUUUUUAGGAUUGUUUGGGGGUUUUUCUGAUCCUGUUUCGUUUUGAGACCAGAGAAAUAUUAAAAUUAUACAUUUAUUCUUCUGAGAAAACAACUAUCUGGACUUUCUCUUAUUUUGCUAUAAUCUCAGCAGGAAAAGACUCCAUUUCUUGAGAGAAAGAGCUGGGAGA